AUGUACCUUGCAGAGGUCUCUCUCCCCUCUCCAUCCACACCACCGCUUUCCAGGCUACUUUGCGCAUGUACGUCCAGUCAAACCGAGCAUUGCAUCGACUCCAAGAUGGCGAAAACACGUCUGGCUUGCCUCCUGACUCUCCUCUCAACUCACUGCUACUUUAGCGUGUUAGCAGUGGUACUGAGAACAAACAAUGACUCCCCAUGGACCGAUGAGUUUGACAAAAUUGAAUUAUCAUGUUUGAUUGAGUCCAUUUCCACGACCAAUCCCAGAAUUGAGUGGAAGAAGAUAAAAAACGAGGGGCCGAGCUAUGUGUUCUUCGACAAGAAAGUGUCAGGUGAUUUGGAGAACAGGGCGAUGAUCAGAGAACCCGCCACAUUAGUGAUAACCAACGCAACGAGAUCGGAUACGGCGAAAUACCGCUGCGAGGUCACCGCCCCCGAUGACCAGAAGUCCUUCGAUGAGAUUGUGAUUGACCUUGUUGUAAGAGUGAAGCCGGUAGUGCCAAAAUGCAGCGUCCCAAAAUCGGUGCCUUUUGGGAAGUCGGCGGAGCUGAGCUGUGUGGAGGACGAGGGUUUCCCCAAGUCUCAGUACCAGUGGUUCAAGAACAGGGAGGAGAUCCCCGACGACCCCAAGACCAGCCUCAAGUUCUUCAACUCUUCGUACACGCUCAGCGCAGAAACAGGAACUCUGAAAUUCAUCGCGGUUAGAAAAGAGGAUGCAGGUGAAUAUUACUGCAGAGCCAGGAACGACGCAGGAUACGCUGAGUGUCCACCGCAGAAGAUGGAAGUCUAUGACAUUGAUCUUCUGGGGAUCAUACUGGGAGUACUGGUGGUGGUGGUCGUGCUCUUGUGUAUAACAGUGGGAAUCUGCUGUGCGUACAAGCGAGGAUACUUCUCCAGCCAAAAACAGGCGGGGAACAAUUAUAAAGUUCCAACUAAAGGAGACGGGGUGGACUACGUCAGGACAGAUGAUGAGGGCGAUUUCCGACACAAGUCCUCGUUUGUGAUCUGAAAAGGGAGAGGACGGCGAGGGGCGACGUGCUGAGUGAAAGACAUGACAUGUGCGACUGCACUCCACGCUGUCUGACCACGGAGCUGCCACAGUUCAUGCUCUGAGCACUCGGCAUGGCUGAAAUCCAACUAUUCAAGUUUGCCAAAGGUGACAAGAUUUCACAGGACGACGACAUGCACCAACAACACAAAUAGGGACUGAGAUCCAUCUGUUGAUGAUUUUUUUUUUUUUGCUAAAUUAUGGAGUCCUUUCUUUACAGUUAUUGCAUGGUUUUAAAUGGUUUUAACACUAAUGAAGUCAGGUAGAAAAGGUGGAGUCAACCUAUCAUGACACGUUUCUACUGUAAACAUUUUCCUUCAGACCUUUUGCCAUUUGUAUAACAUUUCUUUUCUACUGUUGAAAUUUGUCAGACUAUUUUUGAUGGAAUAUAUUUUAAAAUGCCUAUAGAUAAAGGUUUACUUUUUUAAAUAUUUGUAAAAUACUAACAUGUGUUUUUCUUCUUCUUUUUUUUUUUUUUUAUUUGGUUGUGGAUAAAAACGUGUAACACUUUAACCACUUUGCGGCGUCGAAGCUGCGAGCAUUUACACCUUUGCAAAGGAAAGAAAGAAGGGGUUCGACAAAUGAAAAAUGACUUGUAUUAGCAUAUCAAGAUCUGGUUCUUGAUCGGCGGUCUUACAUAUUUAAUUUCUCCGGUGGGAUUACCCGGUUUAUGUCGUGAGAGACUUCCAUGUUAAUGUUUGUAGAUAGUCUUAGUAAGAGGCUUUGAAGAGUGCCAGUCAAAUGCUGUGAAACACUGUACACAAUCAGUGCUGCGUUUUCUUGAUUUUAAGUGUCCUUCUAUGCUUGCUGUUAAUCUUGUAUAUAUUGAAUUUACUGUCCAGGAUAGAGUUUUGCUGUCAUACGUACGUUCAGUAUUACACUAUAUUAAUAAUAUUAAUACAGGGUUUGUCAGUUAACCCUCCAGAUCUGAACUAGUUGGAACGUAAAAAAUAAGGUACUCGCUUCUGAGCUUCUACAAUUCCUGUAUGUAAAACUUUUAGUAGCUCGAGCCUCUUUGUGAAUUUUUUAAAAAAAUUAGAAAACAGAGCUUUCUGUUUAACGCUCACAUCUUUUUUUUUUUUUUUUUUUUUUUAAACUACUGAAUCUCCAUUUUUAAGCAAUGGUGUAAUUAUUAAUUAACAGCUACCGACCAUACAGACUCCAAGUCAAAUAGGCCACAGUUCCGGUUGAUUCGAGAAUGUUUACAAACCCAUUUUACUAACGCUUGUACUAAUAAGAGUAGAUUUCAUUGCUGACUAAUUUUCGUUCAGGCUGAAGCUCAUAUUGUUCUGAUUCCUCCAGACGAAGAGAGAAAUGAGCUCACGCUUCAGUGAAGAGUCAAAUGCAGCUGUGUUUUCGAGGGGUCUGGAGGGUUAACAGUUGUUCUGAUUGUAUAUAGACUUUUUUUUUUUUCCUUUUAAGAUUAUGUAAAGUAGUGAAAAAUGUAAGAUUUCCUAUUUGAGGCAAUAUGAAACUCUUUCCAUUUGUAAGACUGAAUAGAAAAGGUGACAUUUUGAGAUCGUUCAUAACACCUGAGCAAGAGUAAGGUUAUUAUUGAAACACCUAAAACGCAUCAGAAUUGCUCAUGUUUGGGUCUUAUGAAUGUUUAUCUGUGUGUUAAAAUGUUGCCGUAUAUCAGCCGUGGUAGAGACGAUCAGCCUGACAUUUGCACAUAGGAAGUUGUGGACACCGCUCGGUCUUUUUACAAACUUUAACAUCACAGAACCGGGAGCGGCAUAUCCAAAAAGAAAAGAUACAAGUCACGCAGCACCAGAUAGAAUACAUUCACCCUCUUCAUUUGCCCAAAUUUCAUUCCUCUUAAGUGCCUUUUGCCUUUAAAGUAGAUGAGUUUCUCCACGGCCAUACGCUCUGUCCCACUUUGCUGAUGGAAGCUUCGUACGUUGCAUCCAUUUACCCACGAGCACGGCGUUUGAGAGGAAUGACCUCACCGCAAAAGCUUCCACUUCCCUUCUUUACAUAUCUGCAAAUUUGUAAAUAGAUUCUGUUUUGGAUUUUUUUUUUUUUUUCUUCAUUGAUUUGCAUAUGUAGACAUGUUGAAGUAGAAAUAGAAAUAUAUUAGUGCCUAAAUAUAGUGGGAAUUAUUUUUGGUAAAGACACAUAGCACUAUUAGGCAAAAGAAAAAGAAGAAAAAAAAAA